ACUACUACUACUACUACUAGUACUAAUAUUAUUACUACUACUACUACUAGUAAUAUUACUACUACUAUUAUUAAUACUACUACUACUGCUACUACUACUAGUAAUACUACCACUACUACUAGUACUACUACUACUGCUGCUAGUAAUACUACUACUACUAUUACUACUAGUAAUACUAAUACUACUACUACUACUAAUACUACCACUACUUCUACUAGUACUACUAGUACUACCACUACUACUACUAGUACUACUAUUACUUCUACUAGUACUACUAAUUCUACUAGUACUACUACUACUACUACUAGUACUACUACUACUACUUGCACUACUACUACUAGUACUACUACUACUAGUACUACUACUACUAGUACUACUACUAGUACUACUAAUACUACUACUAAUACUAGUACUACUAGUAUUACUACUACUAGUACUACUACUUCUACUACUAGUACUACAACUACUACUACUAGUACUACUACUACUACUGCUAGUAAUACUACUACUACUAUUACUAGUAGUAAUACUAAUACUACUACUACUACUACUAAUACUACCACUACUUCUACUAGUACUACUAUUACUACUAGUACUACUACUAUUACUACUAGUACUACUAUUACUUCUACUAGUACUACUAAUUCUACUAGUACUACUACUACUACUAGUAAAACUACUACUACUACUUGCACUACUACUACUAGUACUACUACUACUAGUACUACUAAUACUACUACUACUACUAGUAUUACUAGUAUUACUACUACUAGUACUACUACUUCUACUACUAGUACUACAACUACUACUACUAGUACUAUUACUACUACUACUACUACUACUACUACUACCACUACUACUAGUACUGCUAGUACUUCUACUACUACUAAUAUUAGUACUAAUACUAUUGGUACUACUAAUACUACUAGAACUAAUACUAGUACUACUACUACUACUACGAGUACUACUACUGCUACUACUAAUGCAACUACCACUACUACUACUUCUGGUACUAAUACUACGACUAGCACUAAUAAUUCUAGUACUACUACUACUAAUACUACUAGUACUACUACUACUACUACUACUAGUAAUACUACUCAUACUACUACUAGUACUAUGACUACUACUACUACUACUAGUACUACUACUCAUACUACUACUAGUACUAUUACUACUACUACUAGUACUACUACUACUAGUACUACUACUACUACUUUAAUACUACUACUACUACUAUACUACUACUAUUUUAGUACUAUUACUACUAGUGAUACUACUACUACUACUAGUAAUACUACUACUACUAUUAGUACUACUAUUACUAGUAAUAAUACUACUAAUAGUACUACUAAUUCCAGUAGUACUACUACUACUACUAGUACUACUACUACUACUACUAGUACUACUACUACUACUUGCACUACUACUACUAGUACUACUACUACUAGUACUACUACUACUAGUACUACUACUAGUACUACUAAUACUACUACUAAUACUAGUACUACUAGUAUUACUACUACUAGUACUACUACUUCUACUACUAGUACUACAACUACUACUACUAGUACUACUACUACUACUGCUAGUAAUACUACUACUACUAUUACUAGUAGUAAUACUACUACUACUACUACUACUACUAAUACUACCACUACUUCUACUAGUACUACUAUUACUACUAGUACUACUACUAUUACUACUAGUACUACUAUUACUUCUACUAGUACUACUAAUUCUACUAGUACUACUACUACUACUAGUAAAACUACUACUACUACUUGCACUACUACUACUAGUACUACUACUACUAGUACUACUAAUACUACUACUACUACUAGUACUACUAGUAUUACUACUACUAGUACUACUACUUCUACUACUAGUACUACAACUACUACUACUAGUACUAUUACUACUACUACUACUACUACUACUACUACCACUACUACUAGUACUGCUAGUACUUCUACUACUACUAAUAUUAGUACUAAUACUAUUGGUACUACUAAUACUACUAGAACUAAUACUAGUACUACUACUACUACUACGAGUACUACUACUGCUACUACUAAUGCAACUACCACUACUACUACUUCUGGUACUAAUACUACGACUAGCACUAAUAAUUCUAGUACUACUACUACUAAUACUACUAGUACUACUACUACUACUACUACUAGUAAUACUACUCAUACUACUACUAGUACUAUGACUACUACUACUACUACUAGUACUACUACUCAUACUACUACUAGUACUAUUACUACUACUACUAGUACUACUACUACUAGUACUACUACUACUACUUUAAUACUACUACUACUACUAUACUACUACUAUUUUAGUACUAUUACUACUAGUGAUACUACUACUACUACUAGUAAUACUACUACUACUAUUAGUACUACUAUUACUAGUAAUAAUACUACUAAUAGUACUACUAAUUCCAGUAGUACUACUACUACUACUAGUACUACUACUACUACUAGUACUACUACUAAUAGUAAUACUAGUACUACUACUACUAGUACUAAUACUACUACUUCUAGUACUACUACUACUAGUGCUACUACUACUACUAAUACUACUACUACUAGUACUACUACUACUACUACCAAUACUACUAGUGUUACUAGUACUAAUACUACUACUACUAUUACUUGUACUACUACUACUAGUACUACUACUAGUACUAAUACUAAUGCUACUACUAGUACUACUACUAAUACUACUACUACUACUAGUACUACUACUACUACUUCUGGUACUGAUACUACUAGUGCUACUACUACUAGUACUACUACUACUAGUAUUACUACUAAUACUAAUACUACUAGUACUACUAGUACUGAUUCUACUACUACUAACACUACUACUACUACUACUAGUGCUACUAGUACUACUACUACUAUUAUUACUACUACUACUACUACCGCUACGACUAGUACUACUAGUACUAAUACUAUUACUACUACUACUAGUAUUACUAGUACUGGUACUACUACUACUACUAGUACUAAUGCUAGUACUCCUACUACUACUACUACUAGUACUACUACUACUAGUACUAAUUCUACUAAUACUAAUAGUACUACUACUACUACUAGUACUGUUACUACUACUACUAGUAUUAAUACUACUACUUCUACUACUAGUUCUACUAGUACUACUACUACUACUACUAGUACUAAUACUACUACUAGUAGUACUACUAGUACUACUACUACUACUCGUACUACUACUAAUAAUACUACUAAUACUACUACUACUACUAGUACUACUACUAGUACUGCUAAUAUUACUAGUACUACUACUACUAGUACUACUACUAGUAACACUACUCGUACUACUACUACUACUACUAGUACUACUACUACUCUUAGUACUACUACUACUACUACUAGUACUAAUACUACUACUACUUCUAGUAAUACUACUACUACUACUAGUACUACUACUACUAGUACUUGUACUACUACUACUAGUACUACUACUACUUUUAGUACUACUACUACUUGUGCUACUACCACUACUACUAGUAAUACUACUACUACUAGUACUACUACUACCACGAGUACUACUACUAGUACUACUACUACUACUUUUAGUACUACUAUUACUAGUGCUACUACUAAUAAUAGUAAUACUACUACUACUACUACUAUUACUAAUACUACUAGUACUACUACUAUUGCAAGUACUACUACUACUUGUACUACUUCUAGUACUACUACUACUAGUAAUAUUGCUACAAAUAAUACUACUAGUACUACUACUACUAGUAGUACUACUACUAGUACCACUACUAGUACUACUAGUACUAAUAUUAUUACUACUACUACUACUAGUAAUAUUACUACUACUAUUAUUAAUACUACUACUACUGCUACUACUACUACUACUAGUAAUACUACCACUACUACUAGUACUACUACUACUACUGCUAGUAAUACUACUACUACUAUUACUACUAGUAAUACUAAUACUACUACUACUACUAAUACUACCACUACUUCUACUAGUACUACUAGUACUACUACUACUACUAUUAGUACUACUAUUACUUCUACUAGUACUACUAAUUCUACUAGUACUACUACUACUACUACUAGUACUACUAAUACUACUUGCACUACUACUACUAGUACUACUACUACUAGUACUACUACUAGUACUACUAAUACUACUACUAAUACUAGUACUACUAGUAUUACUACUACUAGUAUUACUACUUCUACUACUAGUACUACAACUACUACUACUAGUACUACUACUACUACUGCUAGUAAUACUAAUACUACUAUUACUAGUAGUAAUACUAAUACUACUACUACUACUAAUACUACCACUACUUCUACUAGUACUACUAUUACUACUAGUACUACUAUUACUACUACUAGUACUACUAAUUCUACUAGUACUACUACUACUACUAGUACAACUACUACUACUACUUGCACUACUACUACUAGUACUACUACUACUAGUACUACUACUAGUACUACUAAUACUACUACUACUACUAGUACUACUAGUAUUACUACUACUAGUACUACUACUUCUACUACUAGUACUACAACUACUACUACUAGUACUACUACUACUACUACUAGUACUACUACUACUACCACUACUACUAGUACUGCUAGUACUCCUACUACUACUAAUACUAGUACUACUACUAUUGGUACUACUAAUACUACUAGUACUAAUACUAGUACUACUACUACUGCUACGAGUACUACUACUGCUACUACUAAUGCAACUACCACUACUACUACUACUGGUACUAAUACUACGACUAGCACUAAUAAUUCUAGUACUACUACUACUAAUACUACUAGUACUACUACUACUACUACUACUAGUAAUACUACUCAUACUACUACUAGUACUAUUACUACUACUACUACUACUACUAGUACUACUACUCAUACUACUACUAGUACUAUUACUACUACUACUAGUACUACUACUACUAGUACUACUAAUACUACUUUAAUACUACUACUACUAGUGCUACUACUAAUACUAUACUACUACUAUUUUAGUACUAUUACUACUAGUGAUACUACUACUACUACUAGUAAUACUACUACUACUAUUAUUACUACUACUACUACUACCGCUACGACUAGUACUACUAGUACUAAUACUAUUACUACUACUACUAGUAUUACUAGUACUGGUACUACUACUACUACUAGUACUAAUGCUAGUACUCCUACUACUACUACUACUAGUACUACUACUACUAGUACUACUUCUACUAAUACUACUAGUACUACUACUACUACUAGUACUGUUACUACUACUACUAGUAUUAAUACUACUACUUCUACUACUAGUUCUACUAGUACUACUACUACUACUACUAGUACUAAUACUACUACUAGUAGUACUACUAGUACUACUACUACUACUCGUACUACUACUAAUAAUACUACUAAUACUACUACUACUACUAGUACUACUACUAGUACUGCUAAUAUUACUAGUACUACUACUACUAGUACUACUACUAGUAACACUACUAGUACUACUACUACUACUACUAGUACUACUACUACUCUUAGUACUACUACUACUACUACUAGUACUAAUACUACUACUACUUCUAGUAAUACUACUACUACUACUAGUACUACUACUACUAGUACUUGUACUACUACUACUAGUACUACUACUACUUUUAGUACUACUACUACUUGUGCUACUACCACUACUACUAGUAAUACUACUACUACUAGUACUACUACUACCACGAGUACUACUACUAGUACUACUACUACUACUUUUAGUACUACUAUUACUAGUGCUACUACUACUAAUAGUAAUACUACUACUACUACUACUAUUACUAAUACUACUAGUACUACUACUAUUGCAAGUACUACUACUACUUGUACUACUUCUAGUACUACUACUACUAGUAAUAUUGCUACAAAUAAUACUACUAGUACUACUACUACUAGUAGUACUACUACUAGUACCACUACUAGUACUACUAGUACUAAUAUUAUUACUACUACUACUACUAGUAAUAUUACUACUACUAUUAUUAAUACUACUACUACUGCUACUACUAAUACUACUAGUAAUACUACCACUACUACUAGUACUACUACUACUACUGCUAGUAAUACUACUACUACUAUUACUACUAGUAAUACUAAUACUACUACUACUACUAAUACUACCACUACUUCUACUAGUACUACUAGUACUACUACUACUACUACUAGUACUACUAUUACUUCUACUAGUACUACUAAUUCUACUAGUACUACUACUACUACUACUAGUACUACUAAUACUACUUGCACUACUACUACUAGUACUACUACUACUAGUACUACUACUAGUACUACUAAUACUACUACUAAUACUAGUACUACUAGUAUUACUACUACUAGUAUUACUACUUCUACUACUAGUACUACAACUACUACUACUAGUACUACUACUACUACUGCUAGUAAUACUAAUACUACUAUUACUAGUAGUAAUACUAAUACUACUACUACUACUAAUACUACCACUACUUCUACUAGUACUACUAUUACUACUAGUACUACUAUUACUUCUACUAGUACUACUAAUUCUACUAGUACUACUACUACUACUAGUACAACUACUACUACUACUUGCACUACUACUACUAGUACUACUACUACUAGUACUACUACUAGUACUACUAAUACUACUACUACUACUAGUACUACUAGUAUUACUACUACUAGUACUACUACUUCUACUACUAGUACUACAACUACUACUACUAGUACUAUUACUACUACUACUAGUACUACUACUACUACCACUACUACUAGUACUGCUAGUACUCCUACUACUACUAAUACUAGUACUACUACUAUUGGUACUACUAAUACUACUAGUAGUAAUACUAGUACUACUACUACUGCUACGAGUACUACUACUGCUACUACUAAUGCAACUACCACUACUACUACUACUGGUACUAAUACUACGACUAGCACUAAUAAUUCUAGUACUACUACUACUAAUACUACUAGUACUACUACUACUACUACUACUAGUAAUACUACUCAUACUACUACUAGUACUAUUACUACUACUACUACUACUAGUACUACUACUCAUACUACUACUAGUACUAUUACUACUACUACUAGUACUACUACUACUAGUACUACUAAUACUACUUUAAUACUACUACUACUAGUGCUACUACUAAUACUAUACUACUACUAUUUUAGUACUAUUACUACUAGUGAUACUACUACUACUACUAGUAAUACUACUACUACUAUUAGUACUACUACUACUAGUAAUAAUACUACUAAUAGUACUACUAAUUCCAGUAGUACUACUACUACUACUAGUACUACUACUACUACUACUAGUACUACUACUAAUAGUAAUACUAGUACUACUACUACUAGUACUAGUACUACUACUUCUAGUACUACUACUACUAGUGCUACUACUACUACUAGUACUACUACUACUAGUACUACUAAUACUACUACCAAUACUACUAGUGUUACUAGUGCUAAUACUACUACUACUAGUACUUGUACUAAUACUACUAGUACUACUACUACUAAUACUAAUGCUACUACUAGUACUACUACUAAUACUACUACUAGUACUACUACUACUACUUCUGGUACCACUACUACUAGUGCUACUACUACUACUAGUACUACUACUACUAGUAUUACUACUAAUACUAAUACUACUAGUACUACUACUACUACUAGUACUUAUUCUACUACUACUAGUACUGCUACUACUACUACUAGUGCUACUAGUACUACUAAUACUACUAGUACUACUACUACUAUUACCACUACGACUAGUACUACCAGUAUUAAUACUACUAAUACUACUACUAGUAUUACUACGACUGGUAAUACUACUAGUACUACUAGUACUAAUACUAGUACUACUACUACUAUUAAUACUACUACUACUACUACUACUAGUACUCCUACUAAUACUACUAGUAGUACUACUACUAGUACUGUUACUACUAUUACUACUACUAGUUCUACUAGUACUACUACUACUACUAAUACUAAUACUACUACUACCACUACUACUACUACUAGUAGUACUACUAGUAUUACUAAUAAUACUAGUACUACUACUUCUAGUAAUAAUACUACUACUAGUACUACAACUACUACUACUACUACUAGUACUACUACUAUUGCAAAUACUACUACUACUAGUACUACUACUAUUAACACUACUCGUAGUACUACUACUACUACUAGUACUAAUACUACUCUUUGUACUACUACUACUACUAGUACUAAUACUACUAGUACUACUAUUAUUACUACCACUGCUACUAGUACUACUAGUACUACUACAAUUACUACUACUAUUACUAAUAGUACUACUACCACUAGUACUACCACUACUACUUUUAGUACUACUACUACUAGUUCUACUACUACUACUAGUAAUAAUACUACUACUACUAGUACUGCUAAUACUACUACUACUAGUAUUACUACUAGUAAUACUAAUGCUACUAUUACUACUAGUAAUACUACUACUACUACUAGUACUGCUAGUACUACUACUAAUAGUAUUACUACUAGUAAUAAUAAUGCUACUAUUACUACUAGUAUUACUACUACUUUUAGUACUAUUACUACUAGUGAUAAUAAUAAUACUACUAGUAAUACUACUACUACUAGUACUACUACUACUAAUAAUAGUACUAAUACUAAUACUACUACUACUACUAAUACUACUACAACUACCACUACUAGUACUACUAUUACUAGUAAUACUACUAGUACUACUUCUACUACUAAUACUGUUAAUACUACUACUAGUACUACUACUACUACUGCUACUUCUACUAGUACUACUACUACUACUAGUAAUGUUAAUACUACUACUAGUACUAUUACUACUACUACUACUACUAUUACUACUACUACUACUACCGCUAGGACUAGUACUACUCGUACUAAUACUACUACUACUAGUACUAGUAUUACUAGUACUGGUACUACUACUACUACUAGUACUAAUGCUAGUACUACUACUACUAGUACUACUACUACUAUUACUACUAGUACUACUUCUACUAAUACUACUAGUACUACUACUACUACUACUAGUACUGUUACUACUACUACUAGUAUUACUACUACUACUUCUACUACUAGUUCUACUAGUACUAUUACUACUACUACUAGUACUAAUACUACUACAACUAGUAGUACUACUAGUACUACUACUACUACUGCUUGUACUACUACUACUAGUACUACUAAUACUACUACUACUACUAGUACUACUACUAGUACUACUAAUAUUACUAGUACUACUACUACUAGUACUACUACUAUUAACACUACUAGUACUAUUACUACUACUAGUACUACUACUACUCCUAGUACUACUACUACUACUAGUACUAAUACUACUACUACUUCUAGUAAUACUACUACUACUACUAGUAAUACUACUACUACUAGUACUUGUACUACUACUAGUAGUACUAAUACUACUAAUAAUACUUCUAGUACUACUACUACUACUGCUAGUACUACUACUACUACUUGUAUUAAUUAUACUACUAGUACUACUACUACUUUUAGUACUACUACUACUUGUGCUACUACCACUUCUACUAGUAAUACUACUACUACUACUAGUACUACUACUACCACGAUGCUACUACUACUACUAAUAUACUACUACAACUAUACUACUAAUACUAGUGCUACUACUACUACUAUUAGUAAUACUACUACUACUAGUACUACUACUACUACUAGUACUAAUACUAAUACUACUACUACUACUAGUAAUAUUACUACUACUAUUAUUACUACUACUACUAGUGCUACUACUACUACUACUAGUAAUACUACCACUACUACUAGUACUACUACUACUGCUAGUAAUACUACUACUAAUAUUACUACUAGUAAUACUAAUACUACUACUACUACUAAUAGUACCACUACUUCUACUAGUACUACUAUUACUACUAGUACUACUGCUACUACUAGUAUUACUAUUACUUCUACUAGUACUACUAAUUCUACUAGUACUACUACUACUACUAGUACAACUACUACUACUACUUGCACUACUACUACUAGUACUACUACUACUAGUACUACUACUAGUACUACUAAUACUACUACUACUACUAGUACUACUAGUAUUACUACUACUAGUACUACUACUUCUACUACUAGUACUACAACUAAUACUACUAGUACUACUACUAUUACUAGUACUACUACUAAAACCACUAAUACUAGUACUGCUAGUACUCCUACUACUACUAAUUCUAGUACUACUACUAUUUAUACUACUAAUACUACUAGUACUAAUACUAGUACUACUACUACUACGAGUACUACUACUGCCACUACUAGUGCAACUACCACUACUACUACUACUGGUACUAAUACUACGACUAGCACUAAUAAUUCUAGUACUAUUACUACUACUACUACUAGUACUACUACUACUACUAAUACUAGUACUACUACUACUACUACUUUUAGUACUACUACUACUAGUGCUACUACUACUAAUACUAGUAAUACUACUACUACUACUACUAGUACUACUACUACUACUAGUACUAAUACUAGUACUAAUACUACUACUACUACUACUUUUACUACUACUACUAGUACUACUAAUACUACUACUACUACUAGUACUACUACUAGUACCACUAAUAGUACUACGACUACUACUAGUAUUACUACUACUACUAGUACUACUACUACUAAUACUGAUUUAAGUACUACUACUACUAGUGCUACUACUACUACUAGUACUAGUACUAAUACUAAUACUACUACUACUACUAGUAAUAUUACUACUACUUUUAUUACUACUACUACUAGUGCUACAUAUAUUACUACUACUAGUAAUACUACCACUACUACUAGUACUACUACUAAUACUAAUACUAAUAGUACUACUACUACUACUAGUACUGAUUCUACUACUACUAGUACUACUACUACUACUACUAGUGAUACUAGUACUAAUACUACUACUAGUAUUACUAUUACUACUACCACUACGACUAGUACUACUAGUACUAAUACUACUACUCUUACUAGUAUUACUACUACUGGUACUACUACUACUAGUACUAAUACUAGUACUAAUACUACUACUAGUACUAAUUUAAGUACUACUACUACUAGUGCUACUAAUACUACUACUAGUAAUACUACUACUACUAGUACUACUACUACUAGUACUAAUACUAAUACUACUACUACUACUAGAACUACUACUACUACUUCUGGUACUACUACUACUUCUGGUACUACUACUACUUGUCCUACUACUACUACUAGUACUACUACUAAUAAUACUACUACUAAUGCUAAUACUACUAGUACUACUACUACUACUAGUACUGAUUCUACUACUACUAGUACUACUACUACUUCUACUAGUGGUACUAGUACUACUACUACUACUAUUAUUAUUACUACUACUACCACUACGACUAGCACUACUAGUAUUAAUACUACUUCUACUAGUAUUACUACUACUGGUACUACUUCUACUACUACUAGUACUAAUACUAGUAUUACUACUACUACUACUAAUACUACUACUACUACUAAUAGUACUACUAUUACUAGUAAUACUACUAGUACUACUACUACUACUACUAGUACUGUUACUACUACUACUAGUACUACUACUGCAACUACUAUUACUAUUUCUACUAGUACUACUACUACUACUAGUAGUGUUACUACUACUACUAGUACUAAUACUACUACUACUACUAGUUCUACUAGUACUACUACUACUACUACUAGUACUACUACUAAUACUAAUACUACUAGUACUACUAGUACUACUAGUACUGUUUCUAAUACUACUAACACUACUACUACUACUACUAGUGCUACUAGUACUACUACUACUACUAUUACUACUACUACUACUACUACCGCUACGACUAGUACUACUAAUACUAAUACUAUUUCUACUAGUAAUACUACUACUAGUACUAGUACUGCUAGUACUAAUACUAAUAGUAUUACUACUAGUAAUAAUAAUGCUACUAUUACUACUAGUACUACUACUACUUUUAGUACUAUUACUACUAGUGAUAAUAAUACUACUACUAGUAAUACUACUACUACUAGUACUACUACUACUACUACUAAUAGUACUAAUACUAAUACUACUACUACUACUAAUACUACUACAACUACCACUACUAGUACUACUAUUACUAAUAAUACUACUAGUACUACUACUACUACUAAUACUGUUAAUACUACUACUAGUAUUACUACUACUACUACUACUACUACUUCUACUAGUACUACUACUACUACUACUAGUAAUGUUAAUACUACUACUAGUACUACUACUACUACUACUACUACUAUUACUACUACUACUACCGCUAGGACUAGUACUACUCGUACUAAUACUACUACUACUAGUACUAGUAUUACUAGUACUGGUACUACUACUACUACUAGUACUAAUGCUAGUACUACUACUACUAGUACUACUACUACUACUACUAGUACUACAACUAAUACUACUAGUACUACUACUACUACUAGUACUACUACUAAAACCACUAAUACUAGUACUGCUAGUACUCCUACUACUACUAAUUCUAGUACUACUACUAUUUAUACUACUAAUACUACUAGUACUAAUACUAUGCAACUACCACUACUACUACUACUGUAUACUACUACUACUACUAGCAGUACUACUACUAAUACUACUACCACUACUACUAAUAUUACUACUAGUACUAGUACUACUACUACUAGUACUACUACUACUACUAAUACUAGUACUACUACUACUACUACUUUUAGUACUACUACUACUAGUGCUACUACUACUAAUACUAGUAAUACUACUACUACUACUACUAGUACUACUACUACUACUAGUACUAAUACUAGUACUAAUACUACUACUACUACUUUUACUACUACUACUAGUACUACUAAUACUACUACUACUACUAGUACUACUACUAGUACCACUAAUAGUACUACGACUACUACUAGUAUUACUACUACUACUAGUACUACUACUACUAAUACUGAUUUAAGUACUACUACUACUAGUGCUACUACUACUACUAGUACUAGUACUAAUACUAAUACUACUACUACUACUAGUAAUAUUACUACUACUUUUAUUACUACUACUACUAGUGCUACUACUAUUACUACUACUAGUAAUACUACCACUACUACUAGUACUACUACUAAUACUAAUAGUACUACUACUACUACUAGUACUGAUUCUACUACUACUAGUACUACUACUACUACUACUAGUGCUACUAGUACUACUACUACUACUAGUAUUACUACUACUACUACCACUACGACUAGUACUACUAGUACUAAUACUACUACUCCUACUAGUAUUACUACUACUGGUACUACUACUACUAGUACUAAUACUAGUACUACUACUACUACUAGUACUAAUUUAAGUACUACUACUACUAGUGCUACUAAUACUACUACUAGUAAUACUACUACUACUAGUACUACUACUACUAGUACUAAUACUAAUACUACUACUACUACUAGAACUACUACUACUACUUCUGGUACUACUACUACUUCUGGUACUACUACUACUUGUCCUACUACUACUACUAGUACUACUACUAAUAAUACUACUACUAAUGCUAAUACUACUAGUACUAAUACUACUACUAGUACUGAUUCUACUACUACUAGUACUACUACUACUUCUACUAGUGGUACUAGUACUACUACUACUACUAUUAUUAUUACUACUACUACCACUACGACUAGCACUACUAGUAUUAAUACUACUUCUACUAGUAUUACUACUACUGGUACUACUUCUACUACUACUAGUACUAAUACUAGUAUUACUACUACUACUACUAAUACUACUACUACUACUACUAGUACUACUAUUACUAGUAAUACUACUAGUACUACUACUACUACUACUAGUACUGUUACUACUACUACUAGUACUACUACUGCAACUACUACUACUAUUUCUACUAGUACUACUACUACUACUAGUAGUGUUACUACUACUACUAGUACUAAUACUACUACUACUACUAGUUCUACUAGUACUACUACUACUACUAGUACUACUACUAAUACUAAUACUACUAGUACUACUAGUACUACUAGUACUGUUUCUAAUACUACUAACACUACUACUACUACUACUAGUGCUACUAGUACUACUACUACUACUAUUACUACUACUACUACUACUACCGCUACGACUAGUACUACUAAUACUAAUACUAUUUCUACUAGUAAUACUACUACUACUACUAGUACUGCUAGUACUACUACUAAUAGUAUUACUACUAGUAAUAAUAAUGCUACUAUUACUACUAGUACUACUACUACUUUUAGUACUAUUACUACUAGUGAUAAUAAUACUACUACUAGUAAUACUACUACUACUAGUACUACUACUACUACUAAUAGUACUAAUACUAAUACUACUACUACUAAUACUACUACUACUACCAUUACUAGUACUACUAUUACUAAUAAUACUACUAGUACUACUACUACUACUAAUACUGUUAAUACUACUACUAGUACUACUACUACUACUACUACUACUUCUACUAGUACUACUACUACUACUACUAGUAAUGUUAAUACUACUACUAGUACUACUACUACUACUACUACUACUAUUACUACUACUACUACCGCUAGGACUAGUACUACUCGUACUAAUACUACUACUACUAGUACUAGUAUUACUAGUACUGGUACUACUACUACUACUAGUACUACUACUACUACUACUAGUACUACAACUAAUACUACUAGUACUACUACUACUACUAGUACUACUACUAAAACCACUAAUACUAGUACUGCUAGUACUCCUACUACUACUAAUUCUAGUACUACUACUAUUUAUACUACUAAUACUACUAGUACUAAUACUAGUACUACUACUACUACGAGUACUACUACUGCCACUACUAGUGCAACUAUCACUACUACUACUACUGGUACUAAUACUACGACUAGCACUAAUAAUUCUAGUACUACUACUACUAAUACUACUAGUACUACUACUACUACUACUAGCAGUACUACUACUAAUACUACUACCACUACUACUAAUAUUACUACUAGUACUAGUACUACUACUACUAGUACUACUACUACUACUAAUACUAGUACUACUACUACUACUACUUUUAGUACUACUACUACUAGUGCUACUACUACUAAUACUAGUAAUACUACUACUACUACUACUAGUACUACUACUACUACUAGUACUAAUACUAGUACUAAUACUACUACUACUACUUUUACUACUACUACUAGUACUACUAAUACUACUACUACUACUAGUACUACUACUAGUACCACUAAUAGUACUACGACUACUACUAGUAUUACUACUACUACUAGUACUACUACUACUAAUACUGAUUUAAGUACUACUACUACUAGUGCUACUACUACUACUAGUACUAGUACUAAUACUAAUACUACUACUACUACUAGUAAUAUUACUACUACUUUUAUUACUACUACUACUAGUGCUACAUAUAUUACUACUACUAGUAAUACUACCACUACUACUAGUACUACUACUAAUACUAAUACUAAUAGUACUACUACUACUACUAGUACUGAUUCUACUACUACUAGUACUACUACUACUACUACUAGUGAUACUAGUACUAAUACUACUACUAGUAUUACUACUACUACUACCACUACGACUAGCACUACUAGUAUUAAUACUACUUCUACUAGUAUUACUACUACUGGUACUACUUCUACUACUACUAGUACUAAUACUAGUAUUACUACUACUACUACUAAUACUACUACUACUACUAAUAGUACUACUAUUACUAGUUAUACUACUAUACUACUACUCACUACUACUACUAUUUCUACUAGUACUACUACUACUACUAGUACUGUUACUACUACUACUAGUACUAAUACUACUACUACUACUAGUUCUACUAGUACUACUACUACUACUAGUACUACUACUAAUACUAAUACUACUAGUACUACUAGUACUAUUAGUACUGUUUCUAAUACUACUAACACUAUUACUACUACUACUAGUGCUACUAGUACUACUACUACUACUAUUACUACUACUACUACUACUACCUCUACGACUAGUACUACUAAUACUAAUAAUAUUUCUACUAGUAAUACUACUACUACUACUAGUACUGCUAGUAAUACUACUAAUGGUAUUACUACUAGUAAUAAUAAUGCUACUAUUACUACUAGUACUACUACUACUUUUAGUACUAUUACUACUAGUGAUAAUAAUACUACUACUAGUAAUACUACUACUACUAGUACUACUACUACUACUAAUAGUACUAAUACUAAUACUACUACUACUACUAAUACUACUACAACUACCACUACUAGUACUACUAUUACUAAUAAUACUACUAGUACUACUACUACUACUAAUACUGUUAAUACUACUACUAGUACUACUACUACUACUACUACUACUUCUACUAGUACUACUACUACUACUACUAGUAAUGUUAAUACUACUACUAGUACUACUACUACUACUACUACUAUUACUACUACUACUACCGCUAGGACUAGUACUACUCGUACUAAUACUACUACUACUAGUACUAGUAUUACUAGUACUGGUACUACUACUACUACUAGUACUAAUGCUAGUACUACUACUACUAGUACUACUACUACUACUACUAGUACUACAACUAAUACUACUAGUACUACUACUACUACUAGUACUACUACUAAAACCACUAAUACUAGUACUGCUAGUACUCCUACUACUACUAAUUCUAGUACUACUACUAUUUAUACUACUAAUACUACUAGUACUAAUACUA